GAAUGCAAGUCAGUGAAACCGGAAAUGUCAACUGCGAAGUAGACUCGACUGAUCCCUCUGUACUCCACGUUCCAUGAUGGAGCUCUGAUCUAAAGAAAGAAGCGGUCGUGCAGCGUCGUCGCAGAGCCAGCGGGGAACAUGACGAACGUGUACUCUUUCGACGGCAUCCUGGUGUUCGGGCUGCUGUUCGUCUGCACUUGUGCGUACCUCAAAAAGGUGCCUCGCCUCAACAGCUGGCUGCUGUCAGAGAAGAAAGGCGUGUGGGGCGUCUUUUACAAAGCGGCAGUGAUCGGGACGCGGCUCCACAUUGCUGUGGCACUUUCCUGUCUGGCCAUGGCUUUUUAUGUUGUCUUUUUGAAAUGAUCGAGGCAGACUGGACUGGAUGAGCCUGGACGGGUGCAGGAUGGGGAUGGACACAUCGCAGUGGUCAUGUGACAAUCCUUGACACAGGACACUUUCAGGAUUCAGUGACCGAUGAAACUCCGUUUCUCUGUGGACCCAUGUGAAAAAUAGCCAGUGGUGCCCCCUUUUGGUGACUGGGUCCAUAACUCCUCCCUCGAUAAUGUAUGUGCACGACAGACAUGAAGGGAAUCCUUAAUCUACCCCUCAAUUAUUAUAGAGAAGAGAGCCUAUUUGGUCACAUGUUUGGGUAACACAGUGUGUUGUCUCCAUCCACACCCUUUAAUUAUUAAUAUUGAAGGAUGCAGGAUUGAGUUGCAGUGUGGUGCAGUACCAUAUUCCUGUACAUACCCCCAAAGUAGCCUGGCUGUAUAUAUUUGGAAGAAAUAUGACCAACAACUAGAGAUUUGUCAGACACAUUGUCUGAUCAAAUUGAAGAUGAGCAUUUCUGCUCGCCAUCAGUGAUGUUUUAUUCUAUAUCACUUCUUCUGUCAUGGGUGGAGGGGAAGAUAAACAAAGCUAAUAUAUGAAGAUCUUCUUGUACACACCAUGUUUCACUGUUAUUAGAUCUGCUCACUUUUCUCAACAGUGCUGUUUGGCCUACUUUUUAAGGUUCCAAAUACACAUUCAACUCUGGUGUAUGUUGCAUUUACUUUCGCAUUUAAUACUAGAUGUGUUUUGAAUGUCAUGAAUAAAGUCACAUAGGAAUGACAUUUCUGUCACAAUUUUAUGGCAGAGUAAUAACUUUAAAAGAGGCAUAUCUCAACAUUUGGUGAAAAUUGGAUAACUGUAUCAGACUUGCCAAAUAUGGAUGGUGCUACUCAUGCCAUCUCUCAGCGUUACUGAGUUUAAUUCUGCCACCUUAUUUAUUAUUACUAAAUUAAUUUUAGUUUUUUUUUAUUUUGGGGAGGGGGUGCAAUGCCGUGUAGAUUAAAACCUUGAUCAGACACGUUCUAUGUUUGUUGUCCUUACAAAACAACUGUUAUAUCUUUAAUUGAUUUACAACCCAAAUCACAUUGGAUGGAAUUGUGCUUUUUUGGCAUUUAUCAACAGAACACACAAAUAGAAAAGCAUCCUUUAAAUCAAGUGCAAAUCUGAAGUAAUCACCGUGGGUCUAUCACAUGUGUAUAGAUCUUUAUCAUCUUUGAACACGGUCAUUUUUGCAGAACUGAGAGAGCAGGAGUUUUUAAGUCUGCCAGAAACCAAUUGAAAUAGGAUUUGGACUCUGAUUUUGGUAUUUCCUUGGAUAGUUGUAUUUCUUUUAUGUGCAGCUUUGACUUCAUGUUUGGCAUUGCUGUCUUGCUGUAAAAUAAAGCAUCUCUCAUUUUCUCAUGUA